AUGUCCCUUCCCCGUCCAUCUUUAUUCCUUCUUCUCAAUAAUGUAUUGCAUAUGCCUAGCCAUCGUUUGCCGAAGAGAGUGCUGUUUUCCAUGCCCAACUCAGAUUGGCAGAAGCAGAGAGGGUGGAGACCACGUGAUCCUUACUGCGCCUGGUUGGAAACGCUGCUAAAUAUAGCUGCCAACCGAUACAUUUCUGAAAACACAGAGAAAUUGGAAUUGCCUACUUUUUUUCAAGGAUUGGAAGCUGAUUCCAUCCGGUUUGAGGCACAUGAAGAUGACCCUACUAUGCAUCAGCUGCGCCGUCGUUCUUUCGCUCACGAAGUUGGACAAUGGGCCUCAUUUCUAAAGCAGUUCGUAUCUGCGCUUCAUCUCAGUGAACAUCCUUUGUGGCAGUGUUUGCAUUCUGUGGACGACGUGCACGUUAGUCUCUCUAAGACGUGGCCUCUCCGGUAUCAUUGGAUCGACAGCCUAGCAGACAAACUUAGAAACACAUUUCAGAACCUUUCGAGGUAUGUGGUGACAAUAGUGCCGUUAAUUUUUAUAAGGUUUGAUAUUCGUUUUAGUGGCCUAGAACUCUUCAUUAACGGGGAGCGCUCAAGAUCUUUUAUUGGUUUGAUUCUCAGUCGAGAGUCGUCAGAGCACCUAAAACCCAUUGUCGCCUCGGUUGAUCAAUGUGUUCAUGCCUUCUGUGGUCCACGGUAUUAUAAAGUAGGCACAGCGCUGAUUCUGGGUCCCAAACUUAGCGAAGGGGUGAGAUGGUCCAAGUGGUUACAGCGCGAAUUCACUGACCGGAAGGUCCGUGGUUCGAACCCGACCUCUGUCUCUCGACUUUUCCUGUCCAGGCUUGGGCAACCUGGCAGUAUCCCAGCCCUCGUGCCACCUUGGGGUGGCAUGGUAGCUAGGCACCGAAAGGAUGCUACAGCUGAGCGGUUUGAAACUUAG